UCCUUCCACCGUCACCUCUCGGUUGCUUUGCUUCAUCAAGCGCACCAGUUGCACAUCACUCCCACCACUUGCACACACUUCCACCCACUUGCAUUUACAGACACCCGCUUCGAAAUGUCGAGCACACAACGAGAAUACGAUGUCGUCGUGCUUGGAGCUACGGGCUUUACGGGAAGCUUGGUCGCCGAAUACCUCGCGCGUCAUCCCACCCAUCCACGUUGGGGCAUCGCCGGUCGCUCUGCCGCUCGUCUAGACGCUCUCCGCAAGAAGCUAGACUUGCCCACCUCCGUCGGCAUCCUCAGCGCCGACACCACCAACAUUGCCAGCUUGCAAGAAGUGGCAAAGAAGACCAAAGUGUUGGCCAACAUUGCAGGACCAUUCAGAAAGACGAAUGGCUACGAGGUCGCAAAGGCUUGCGCAAGUGUGGGAACGCACUACACUGACCUGAGCGGAGAGUCUGGAUUCAAUGCCUCUCUUCUCGAACUCGGACCGCUGGCCGCUUCGACGGGGAGCAUCCUGGUGCCCUCUUCAGGCUUCGACUCGCUGCCCCUAGAUCUGUCAGCCUACUUUGCAGCUCAGCACCUCAAAAAGAGUCAAGGCGUAUCCCAUGUCGACACUGUUCGCACAGCAGUGCGUGUGGAUGGAGGCUUUUCCACCGGAACCAUCUUGUCGGCUGUGGAUGCUGCGGAAAUCGAUGGCGGGCAGUUGCAGUUCGAGCAGCCCGAUCAGCUCAGUCCUGUCAAAGGAACGCACAUCAUGCCCCUCGAUUUGGCCCUCAGGCUGCCGCAGUUUGGACCGAACGUGUAUGGAUCUUGGUUCCCCUUGACGCCUCACAAUCAUCGCGUCAUCAAUCAAACUUGGGGUCUGCUCCAAGUGCACUCGCAAGCUGAAGCGUACGGACAAGACUUUGCCUACCACGAAGCCAGCCUGCUCUUCCCUCCCAAACGCGUGCCCUGGCCUCUAAGCUAUCUCUUGACCAGCUUCUUGAGCCUGUUCUUUGUUGCUCAGAUCAAAGCCCUCAUCUGGCUCGCUCCCGUCAGGUGGGCUCUGAGAACAUUUUUGCCACAAAAUGGUGGUCCUUCCAAAAAGGGCUUUGCAGAUGUGCGGGCCCUGGCCACUGGAAAGGACAAGCAGGGCAAUGUAAAGCAGAGCAUCUGCAAGAUUUUCAUCCAAGACAGUCCAGGCUACCACGCAACAGCCCGCAUGAUCAGCGAAACUGCUCUUCACCUCGCCUCCACCUCGAGCGCAACCACAAAGGAGAGCUCAAUCGGCGGUCUGCGCGCCAACAACUUCAAGGGCGGCAUCCUGACCACGGCGACGAUCGGAGCUGAAACGCUAAGGGACCGCCUCACCCAGUAUGCAGCGAUGACCUUUGAUGUUGCAACAUUUGAACAGCGUAAAGCCGAUGCCGUCGCGGUCAAGAGCAGGGGCAAGGAUCUCUAGGUGGAGCGCCUUGCGUCGCCUAUGGGAUGUUGCCGAGAUUCAUGUAGGAUCACGAAUCGCGAGAAUUCGCUCCAGCGAUGGCUUGCGCAACAGCAUCAAAUUGGAGGUCAUCAAUUCAACCAAACUUCUCGCAAGUGGCGUGACGAUGUUGAGGCGGCGACGAGCUAAAGCAUAGUGCCUUUCGUCUGCCGCAUCGCUGCGCCCUCUUUCCCGUGUUUCCUUGUGCGUCGAGCGCGCUAGACACGCACCGAGGCUGCUCCUGUUCUGGCGCAGGCCUUUGUGCAGCUGCUCGAAUGGUGGUCUUGUCGAUGGCCGUGAAUGCGCCCCAAUCCUGCGCGUCGCUCGGCACGAGACGGUGUUGGUCCGAGGCCCCGAGCAGCCUUUCGUGCAAUGUGCAUCUU